AUGUCUCUUUAUCAUGAGGCUGCUGAGAUUGUUACAGGGUCUUCAUCUGAAGGUGGAAGUCUCAAGUCCCGUGUUUUCAAAAAGAAGGGCCUCAAGUCUGCUCCCAACCAGGUCUACGCCUUAGUCUUGGAGAGCUGCAAAUGGAGUCCCAUCCUCAAAGAAGUGAUUGAGAAAUCAGAGCUUCUCAAAUUAGAGCGAAAGCUCACUCCGACAUUAUCAUUACUUCUUGUUCAUGACCUCCUGCUGGCCAAGAAGGGAAUUGCGCUUCCGCAAAGCCAUGGCCUACGCGCAUCUAUCGAGAGGCACAAAGCGCGCAUCAGCUCGGAAUUUAAGCUUGCGCGACUUCGCAGAAAGAUGCCCACACUCGAGGCUCUAAAAGAGCAAGUUGAGAGGGAAUGCGCAGGCGAGGAGGCGAACUACCCUCGAUGGGUUCGUGUCAACGCCGUGAAGAGCACAUUGGAAGAGCAGCUCGAGACCACUUUCUCCAAGUACACCAGAGCUCGAUCUAUCAAUGAGGUUGUUACCAAUGCUGGAAGACUCAUAUACAUCGACUCACACGUACCAAAUCUCGUGGCAAUCACCGCAGGUAUCGAUCUCACCAAAACAGAGGCCUAUACAUCUGGCAAAAUCAUCCUCCAAGAUAAGGCAUCCUGCUUUCCGGCCUACCUCUUGGAUCCCAGGUCAGAAGACGGAGAUCUGAUCGAUGCGUGUUCCGCCCCUGGCAAUAAGACAACACACCUGGCAGCUAUCGUCAAGCAACAUACACCCGAAUUCGACACACCAGCGCAAACCAUUUAUGCAUUCGAGAAAGAUUCCAGAAGAUCACAGGUACUGCACAAGAUGGUCAAAAUAGCUGGCUCAGAUUACAUGACAAAGAUUGGGUUUGGCCAAGAUUUCAUGCAAGUGAAGCCCACAGCAGACAACUACAAGUCAGUCGGAGCAUUGCUCCUGGAUCCCAGCUGUUCAGGAAGUGGAAUCGUUGGCCGAGAUUCGAUGCCUGAUCUUCAUCUACCAGAGCCUUAUAGCGGUAACGGAAAAACGCCACCAGCAAAACCAAACAAUCGCAAAAGGAAACACGAAAAGGUCGAGCCAGCCCCUGAAAAUGUCAUGAUAGAUGACGAUGGAAACGAAACGGCGAUCAAAUCAGAGAAGGACCUAGAAACACGUCUCGAGGCUUUAUCGUCCUUCCAGUUGGUUCUUCUAUUACAUGCUUUCCGGUUCCCAUCAGCAAAGAAGAUCACAUACUCAACUUGUUCUGUUCACGUGCAAGAAAACGAGCGCGUUGUCAUGAGAGCUCUCGAAUCCGACAUUGCCAAACGAAGAGGCUGGCGUAUUCUUCAACGAAAGGACCAGGUUUCUGGCAUGAGAGAAUGGCCCGUUCGUGGACUACCCGAAGCAUGCGAAGGAGACGAGGAAAUAGCGGAAGGCUGCAUUCGCUCUUACAAGGAUGAUGGACAGGGUGUAAUGGGAUUCUUCGUCGCUGGCUUUGUCCGAUCUGGCGAGCAAGGUGAUGCUCCUGCCGAUGACGAGGGUCCUUAUAUGAGAGAUGACAGCGGUGCCAUCAUUCGUGAUGUGGUUGGCAUGCCCGUGUUGAAGUCGACAGGCGAGGCCGUUUCUUCGAUCCCAAGAGAUGAGAAGAGCGAUGACAACGAUCAGGGGAGUAGCGAAGAGGAGGAGUCUGCAAGUGAGAGUGACAGCAGUGAUGAGGAUGAUGAAUGGGGUGGUUUCGACGAUUGA